GUAGUAUUGAUAGGGUCUUCACUAACGAACAUGGCUCGUCUGGUGUUGUGUGUGUUGGCAUUGCUUGCCUGUGGGCUGGCAGAUCCUGUCCAUAAGGUGCAUCAGAGAGUUGCUGAUCAUGAAUUCCUGCAACACCAAGUUGAGAUAUUGAACUUGUUCUAUCACAUUCACGAGCCGAUUCACGAGCCGGAGCUGCAGCACUGGGAUCAAUGGAAUCUUAUCCAGAAUAUCGAGAAAUAUACCAACGAAACUGCUGUAAAAUUAUACUGGGAAUUUGUUACGAACGAUUUGAUACUGCCUCGUGGUGUACCAUUCUCAGUUUUGGAGCCCACGCACGUGUUCGAAGCGAAACUUGUCUACAAUGUUUUAUAUUCAGCUAAAGACUGUGACACAUUCUAUAAGACUGCAGUCUUUCUUAGGAACAAGAUUAACGAGGGUCUGUUCGUUUAUGUCCUGAGCGUUGUGAUAUUACACCAUCCGAGUACUCAAGGCAUUGUGAUCCCACCAAUUUACGACAUUUUCCCCUCAUUCUUCCACAAUACCGAAGUACUUACUACCGCGCAGAGAAUCAAUACUCACGGAAAACAAUGGGUUGAACACUACCCAUCUACCUAUGUUUGGGACGAGAAUGUUGUAAUAAGGUGGAACGACACCGUAUGGCCUUACUUUACCGAAGAUUAUACUCUUGCUUACUUCACGCAUGACUUAACCUAUAAUGCAUUCUACUACAAUCACAACUUGCUGUACCCCUACUGGCUCGGAGGAGAACAAACACCUUUGAUUAAAGACAGACGUGGUGAAUUCUGGUGGUUCUUGCAUAAGCAAAUCAUCACUCGAUACUACUUGGAAAGAUUGUCUAAUGGAUUAGGAGAAAUACCAGUGCUCGAUUUCAACGUGGUUAAACAAGGAUAUGUACCACAAAUCUCAUACCACAAUGGCAUUUUGUACCCGGUCAGACCUAACCACUUCCACCUUGACCAACCUGAGUUCGCUGAAGCCAUCACUAAGAUUCAAGAUUACGAAAACCGCGUUCGCGAAGCCAUCGACAAAGGAUUUGUCGUCAAUCAUGUCGGUGAGCACAUUAAUAUCGACACUCCUCAAGCUAUUGACGUUCUCGGCCGAUUAAUAGAGGGUGGUGUUGAUUCUCCUAACCCCAAAUACUACAAGGACUUUAUCAGCAUUUGGAAGGCUCUUCUUGGUAACACUUUAUGGCACAAGGAACGCUAUCAUAAAGACCUGGUUGCGCUUGUAGUUCCAUCUGUCUUGGAACACUAUCAAACUGCUCUUCGUGAUCCUGCUUUCUAUUUCAUUUGGAAACGCGUUCUUGGACUGUUCACUGAAUGGCAAAAGACUCUACCUUCUUACGAUGUCCAUCAUCUGAAAGUGCCAUCUGUUACCAUCAAGAGCGUUGAGGUCGACAAAUUGGUAACAUUCUUCGAAAACGUGCACUAUAAUGUCACCAACCAUCUGCAUUUGAAUGAACAUGAAAGCAAGGCAGUAGUUGAUGAUGUUACCGUGUUAGUUCAACGUCCACAGUUAAACCACAAAGUAUUCACUGUACGUGUUAACGUUACCAGCGAAGUAGCCAAGACUGUUCUUGUUAAGUUCUUCUUGGCACCUAAAUACGACAGCUACGGUGACGAAAUUCCUCUGCAUGUGAACACUGAAAACUUCUACCUGCUGGACAUUUUCCCGUACGAUUUACCGGUUGGAAAUGUUGUCAUCAAGCGAGAGUCUACUGACAACUGGCUUACGAUCCGUAAUUGGACUCCUGGCUAUGAGGUAUACGAGAAGGCUUACAACGCACUGCACGGCAAAGGACAAUUCGUUCUUGACAAGACUCAUCGUCUUAAUGGAUUCCCUGAACACCUUCUUUUGCCUAAAGGUCGUGUUGGUGGUUUCCCAUUCGUUCUUCUGGCACACAUCUCUGAAUUCCGUCCGAGCAAGAUUCCUCAGGGUAGCAACUUCGACCCGACCAUUUCUUACGGUCUNGGUUCCGGUGCUCGCUGGUUGAGCGACGAACCAUUCGGUUACCCUCUCGACAGGCCGCUGUACCAAUGGCAGGCCGAUGCAGUACCCAACCUUUACAUACAGGAUGUUCAUAUCUUCCACAAACACGUCCCUGAAGUUGUUGUACCUCAUGUAUAAAUGUAUCCGAUUUGAAUACUGAAAUAUAAUUCGUACUCUUUUGAUAUUAGACUGUUUGAAGUAACUUUUAUGAUAUUACAAAAUGCAUGUUGUGUGAAAAAAAA